AUGAUUUCCGGGUAUUUCGUUUUUCGCGCCGGCGCGCCCAACCCGCUCAGCAUUGCGCGUCAUUUUUGGAUCGAGGGCGCCCACUUCUCGCUUGGCCGGGACGACGGUACCGUACGGCACGGCACGGCUUCCAUUGACUGCAAACGUUUCUCUCUGGACUGCUGUUUGACCAUGGUACGCAUGAUAGUAACCCAACCCGUUGUAACUCCCGUUCAUUCCCGGGAAGAUUCCGCUGCGGAAGAAAGUCAUGAAUGUCUUCGUAAGCUUCAGGAAGGAUCUGAUUUGUCUGCGAGCGACUGGGAAGAAAUAGGUCGAGAAAAGAAUCAAAUUCCUGUAUACUCAAAGAAUUUACCCAGCCAGAUCAAAGGUGGCUCGCUCGUCCGAGUCCGUGGAAUGGUUCAGGACAUGUUCGAAGCGGAGUACUUCAGCACGUCACUGAUCCCUUCCCAUUCCCUGAAUGGAAAUUCUCUGGCGGAACGAACGCCGCUCUUUCUCAGCCCGGUGCCCUUUACGACACCCUGGUACCAGGAAGAACUCAAUGAUGGAGCAAGUUCGGAAGAAAAUCAGGAUAUGCACCGAAGCAAGCGCCUUCGUCUCGAAGAAACUGGGGAAGAGGAUCAAUCAUCGGAAUGUAACAAUCAAAACCGCUGGUGGUGUUCCGAGUAUAUGAAAAGCGACCCACAUCAGACUCCUGUCCUAGCAAAGUUCUAUUAUGACCAGUACGGUGCUCAAUCUCCCAAAAUUCUCCUCAAUGAGCUCGUGGAAGCGGUUGGUGUAUUGGAAUGGGAGGAAGACGUGACUUCCUCUUCAGGCACCAACAACACCACACCCGUGACAUUAGACGAUACAAUGGGUGCCGGGGCGCACACACUUUGGGCUGACGAGGGGAUUGACACGGUGAUAGCUACGACCAUCCCUACGGAUAUACCUCGUUUACAUGUUCUGUGGUACCAGACAUUUACCUUGGAUCAAUCAUUAUACGAGUCGGGUCACGAAGACUUCACGAAGGAUUCUUUCGGCGGGGAAGACUGCCAUCAGGCUCCGAAUCUCCUGUCACAAGCAUUAUCCGUAUCCGAGCUCAGCGCCAAUCUCCUCUGGAUGACGCUUUUGUCUCAGGCCGAGCGACAUGUUGUUUCCGAAGAGUCAUCCGACCCGCACUGGACACCCGUGUCGACUCCAGACAAUACUACAUUGGGCUGUCUAUCCACACAAUUCGUGCUGCCGGAUACCAGCGAUUGCCGUCAGCUCGCGCAAGUCAUGGAACAUGUUUUAUCGCAAGUACUUCCUGCCGUGUAUGUUGUCACCAUUACCCAGGAAGCUUUGACUCUUUUGCGGCCCCCUGCCAAACGAAACGGACGCAUUGAACCCACGCCGAUGCAGCUGCCGCGGGGGGCAACGCUUGUCUUGAACGCGUCCGAGCUAGAGGAGGGCCAUCUUUUGGCGUCCCAGAUAGAAACACUCCAAUCGUUCCAAAGUAUUGCACUCAAUCACAGUGUACCAUACGAGUUUGAUGGGGGCGUCCACAUUGCGUUUGAAGCCGACGUGAGAGUCUUGGUGUUGUGCACAGCCAAAACCGCCAAGAUCGUGCCGUGUCACGAGCAAGUCAAGUGUGACUUCAACGCGCAUCGGUACCACCCUGGAACAAUUUUACAAACUGCGCACAAACUACGUCAGGUUUUGGCUAGUACACGUAACCUUGGUAUCAGCCAUCGUUGCAACCCCAACAAUAUCGCACUUUCCAACUCUCUACUAGAUCGAGCCCAAAAGGAUUUCAUUCAGCGUCGGCUUGAAUGUCGACAGCAGAAACGAUCAGAACUCUACACUGAACAAGACUUUCACAGGUGGUUAACUCUGACACGCUUACAGGCCCGGAGCCGCAAGUCCGCCACAGCUAACAUUUCAGAUUGGGAACGAGCUCUGGCCUUGGACGAUGCCCGGAAUGAUGAAAUUCAAUUAUUUCAAUGA